UUUAUGCAAUAUGGUUGUUGCAGGAAUCCGAAGAUGCCAAUAAUCCAAUCCUGCUGCUGCUGGCGGAGCCUGCGCCGGGGGUGCUACGCCGCCGCCAUCUACACCACGUUUUAUUUCGCCAUCACAAUUGUGACGAUGGGGCACUUUAUAGACGUGGAGCAGCGGUUCCUCUCGGGACAAAUGGAAGAGCCUGAAUCGGAGAGUUUCUUAGCACCAGACAAGAUAACACCCAUAACGGUGUCCCUAAACAUCACCCUGCUGGCGUGCAGUACAGUCGGCCUCAUCUCGUGCCUACUGAUGGGCCUGGGAGUUUAUAAGGACAUCAAGUUCAUGUUGCUCCCGUGGGUGGUGUCGAUGGCGCUGGAGACGGUGGUCGAGCUGGUCAACCUCGUCUACCUCUUCAUCUUGCAGACGAUGGAUUUCAAUCCCAUAACAUCGUUCCUGUUCACAAUGGAUUUCUUCAUCAUCGGUUUGAACGUGUACGCCAUGGUGUGUGUGAUCUCGCAGUUCCAGGAGUACCUGGAGGGCCGGGGCACCGCCGCGCAGGACUACUCCGACCGGCUGGCAUCAGUGCAGUACAUGGGGGCGGCCACGCACACGGCAACCACGUCGACGGCGCCGGGCGCGCGCCGCAAGUCCGCCGGCCGCCCAGCCCCCAGCCGCGUCGAGCCUGACGACUACUCCGAGGCACCCAGCAAGAUCACAUCAGUGCUGUCGAAGCCGAAGUCCGGCAUCAAGAAGCACGUGCAGUUCGGAGACGAGACCAGCUGCAUGGAGGAGGCCUCCGUGGCCGUGCCCGAGGAGCCGGAGAAGCCAGACUCGCGUGUCAUCAGCUCCCUCUGGAUGGAGCUGGAGUCCGAGGCGCCCCCGGAGCGCUGACGGCGUCGCAGCGAGCAGUACUACCGGCCGGUGUCCCGCGCGCGCCUCCAGCGCCGCAAGAUGUCUGCCGCCGGGGUGCCGCCCGCAGCCACCACCGCCACCACGGAACUGUAAAGGACCGCUCUUCGAAGGACUUAGAGCUAUAGUUUACGCUAUCCUGUCUUACUUGGAUCCCUAGUAACGCGUCGGACCAGCUUAUCUUCGAAGGACUUAGAGAUCUUUACUAUGGGUUACGCUAUCCUGUCUUACUUGGAUCUCUAGUAAAGCGUCGGACCAGCUUAAACCGAAUUCUUUGCAUUGGUAGAAGAAUGUAUUGUAAACCUCUUGGGUACCUGUAGAUAUGGAAAUUAAUGAGGGGCAGGUGGAAUCGAGGUGGUUCUACAACGCGACCACACCAAGAAUGUAGACAGAACCCUUCACAUAAUAACCUCGGUCGGGGAAAGAACGGAGAUGUAUAAAUAAAUAACGUAAAUAGGCCCUUGAAAGUGGAAACCGAAGAAGAGAAAGAAUAAAAUGCAGAUUAUUUUGUUUCGUGCAAUAGUGUAACUACCCUUCAAUCCUUUAGUACAACGAAGAAUAGGGUAAGUAUGUCCAUAUUUAAAGUAUCAAUAGGAUACAUUGCUGAAGACUAGGCUACCAACCUUUCAAAUUAAUAUAAUUUUGAGAAAAAUUACAUUCAUAAUUUGCAAAAACAGGGACAGAGUAUGUAUCUUUUAAAGCAAGUCCUUGAGGAAGAUACAGGAAUAAAUUAAUAUCAUAUGGAUGAUCAUGUGAACUGCUUUUUAUCAUAAUAUAUAUGAUUACGAAAUGGUAUUGCAAAUAUCAAGCGCAUCAGAAUUAUAGAAGUUUACCGACUGCAAGUGUAAGAUUAUUAGAUGGAUGUCUAAGCUCUAGGUAUAUCUACUUAGCUUAGAUAGAUUGAUACGAAAACAUUUGAUGGAUGAGUGAAAUUGAUAUGAUAUGAGGAACUAAGAUUUUAUGCAUGGCAAGGCGAUGUAUUUUAGAUAAAAUAAAAAACUUCCUUUUCACAAACUAUGGAGCUUUUACGUAUUGUACUUAUAGAUUUCAUAGAAUGAGGUAUUUUAUGUGCGUCAAUUCUAGAAUAUUUCGAAUUUCCCAAAAACCUGAGCUUUGAUAACGGACGGAGUUAACAUAAUAAAUAGUAACUUAAUAAUAAAUCAGCAAAUAUAAAAAAAUACAAAAAGAAAUAGAAGUAGUCAUGUUAAACAGUGGGUUGAGUGUACCUUCAUACAUAAAUAGUAAAAUAAAAAUUAGGUGUUGUUCAACUGUAAAAUGAUAAUAUCCUUGUUAUAUCACAAAUGUUAAUGUUCCUUGGAUCUCAUGAAUAGUAAAAAUAAUUACCUAUGCUGUAUCAACCAAUUAAUAGAGAUGUUGAAUAAAAUGACUAAUAAGUAAUAAUAAUCGAUCUAUUGCUACAGUUAGUAGAUUUUAUGUAAGUAUAUUUAUUAGUCUACAUCGGAUGUACAUAGACAUAGAGCCUACCUAUACUAAUUUAUAACUCCUGACCACGACUCUAAACUAAGUUAAUUACUUACGUAACGGUAUCAAUAUUUAAACAUCCUACAUUACAGUCAACAAAUGAAAUGUUCCACCAUCGUAUCGUUAUCGAUAUAAACCUUUUUCACUUUUCAGGUAAAUGCGUAUUUUUCUUGUUCACUCUCCGAAAUUAAAUUUACCUACCAAUACUACUUACCUUAUUUUUGAUAGAUACUACGGCUUUAGUUCAAUAUUAGUUAGAAAUUGGUUGUCUGGGUAUCUAUACGUUGUUGGUUGUUACUUAGAUACUUAACCCAAGAAUUAUUUAUUUAAUCAACACUCGCUUAUUUCAAAGCUGUCGCUACCAAAAGAACGGGCCAACAUCUGCGCUAAGAUUCUAUGAAAGAUUUAAUUACUUAACUAAAAUCAAAACUUUGCAAGUAAACCGAAAGAUAAAAUAUCUUAAUGAAAUCAGAAGUUAAUGAACAAAAGACGUCGAUCUUGGCCUGUACCCGAAUUCCUUAUAAGAUCUGGAAUCUUCAGGCGUGGUAAACCCGACUUCAUCGUACAAAGGAAGUGUAUUUAUGAACGGAAAUUAUCUAGGUUGUCUCGUGAGCUAGACUUCGUAGGUAGUCAGGAAGAUGAAGCACUUGAGUUGCCAAAACUAUAGGCACAUAUAGGAAAAUUAAUUUGCUUUAUGAUUUAAGAAGCUCGCCCGUAUCCUAUCUUUCGUUAGAUAUUGUUUAAGUAUUUAAUUUGUGAAAUUAAUUGCUUGUGUACCUACCUACCUAGUACUUACUUUUUUGUAAUAAAACAUGCAUUUUAUGAAUUUGAGUUGUGGCUGUUGCUAUGCAUUGAUUUAGGUUGAAAGGAUCAACUUAGACUCUAACGUACAAAAUUUCGAUAAUAAAAUUGUGCAUAACCUAUUUUUUCACUGUCUUAUUAAAUUUA